CAUUUUCCUCCUGUUUCAGAGACACCAUUGGCGCUGCCGCUCUGAAAUCAAGCCCUUUCCCUCUCUUUCUCGCUCUCUUUGUAGGAUGGUGCUCUCAAACAAGAAGCUCAAGCAGAAGAUAAGAGCAACUCUAGCGGCUUCUGCACUGGGAAAACUCUCUGAAGGAGAAUCGAAGAAAAGAAAGCGAGACGGUGAUGAAGCGGAUGGCUCCCACCUUCAAUCUGUCAAAGAUAUCCCCGGUUCGUCAAUCAAGCUGCCCAGAUUGUCCAAGAGAGAGAAGAGAAGGCAGAAACAAUCGUUGUCCAGUGACACCCAGAAGGCGGUUGAUGGAACUCCUGCUGCAAACUCGAAUGCUGCGGACCAAAGUCAGAAUUCGAGUGCUGUGAAUGGCGAAAAGAAGGAGGAGAAGAAGAAGAAGAAGAAGGAGAAGGAGAAGAGGAAAACGGAGGAAACCGAGCCGGUGGUAGAGAAGGAGGAGACUGGUGAUGACAAGAAGAAGCAGAAGAAGAAGAAGAGGAAACGCGAGGAAGCAGAGCAGAAGGUAGAGGGCAAGGAAAUGAAUGAUGCGAAGAAGGAGAAGAACAAAAAGAAGAGAAAGAAGAAAAUCAAGAAGAAAGGGAAGAAAGCAAAUGAAAAGGAGGAGAAUCAAAUAGAAAUAGCGGAACCCCAAUUGGAGAAAACCAAUGGAAGCGAAGAGAAAGUAGAUGUUUCUACAAAGGUUUAUGUGGGCGGCAUUCCUUAUUAUUCUUCAGAAGAUGACAUUCGGAGUUUUUUUUACGGUUGUGGUACUAUCACUGAGAUGGACUGCAUGACAUUCCCCGAGAGCGGAAAGUUCAGAGGCAUCGCCAUACUCACGUUCAAGACCGAUGCUGCUGCUAAACGAGCCUUAGCUCUAGAUGGUGCAGACAUGGGAGGUCUCUUUCUCAAGAUACAGCCCUACCGCGCCACCCGAGCUGAGAAAACAGAUUUCGCCCCAGAGAGAGUGGAGGGCUACAAUAGGAUCUACAUGGGGAACUUAUCAUGGGAUGUAACAGAAGAAGACAUCCGAAAACUUUUGUCUGACUGCAAGAUCAAGGCAAUUCGGUUUGGCACAAAUAAAGAUACCGACGAGUUCUUGGGUUAUGCCCAUGUGGAUUUCGCAGACGAUGUGUCACUUGGAAUGGCAUUAACUUUGGAUCAACAGAUGGUGUGUGACAGGCCAGUUAAGAUAAGGUGUGCUGCACCAAAGAAGGGAGCAGAGAUUAAGAAAGACUCCGGAUCUGUCCCCAGCAAAGCAAGUAAGAAAAGACGAACGUGCUAUACAUGUGGCAUUCCUGGUCAUCUCUCAUCCUCCUGCCCUCAGAAGCAGCAGCCUGAUAAGAAACCAAGUUCUGAUGGUGGAAAAUGAAAACAUUAUCUUAUCUUUGUUUACGUGAGAGUUUUGAUGUAACCUGUCUCAGCAAGCUAUGUCACUUCCGCUUUGAGAUAUGUCCAAAAUUUUGUAGUUCAGUAGGGCAUUUUUUUUUUCUCUCAGAAAAGUUUAUUAACCUCUGUAUUCUGUCUUCAAAAUUCACAUAAUGUUGAAUAUUCAAGUUUCAUGACACUAUCACAAAACUGUUUGUGCAAUUUGACA